CUAAAAAAUAGCAUACCCAUGAUCAACGUCUGGAGCGCAAGAUUGGCUGGUUGUCGGGUGCAAUGGUCAACAUUAGCUAUAUAAUUGGAGCUGGCAUUUUUGUUGGUCCUUCAUUGACAUUACAACUGGUCGGUUCGGGUGGAAUGAAUAUCAUCGCCUGGACAAUCGGUGCACUGAUAGCAAUGUCCGGAAGCUGGACGUUUGCUGAACUCGGCACGAUGCUUCCAAGGAGUGGCGGUGAAGUUGGCUAUUUGGAAUAUUGUUACCGCAAACCAAAGUACCUUUUAGCUUAUAUGUUUACCAUGUGGAACCUAAUGAAUCGAUCGAGUAGUGUGGCAGCACAAGGCACAAUAUUCGGAUCGUACAUGAAUUAUGCAUUUUUUGGUCAAGACUAUAAGUCAGAUUUGACUGAACGAUUGUGGUCGUUGAUUUGUUCUACAGUGUUGACUAUUGUAAAUAUAUUGUCGAUAAAGGCUUCUCUAAGAAUGAUGAGUGUCUUGACGGUUGUAAAACUUUCAGUCCUUGGACUUAUAAUCUUUGUUGGGAUUCUCUCUUUGAUUGGCGUUAUUCCUAAUGAUAAUGACGUCAAAUCAGCUCUUUCUUUCCAAGGCACAUCCGAUACAAUUGGGCCAUACGCCUCUGCAUUGUACUAUGUCAUGAAUGCAUAUAGCGGAUGGCACAACCUCAACUUUAUAUUAGAUGAGGUCAAGGACCCGAUAAAAAACCUCCCUAAAGCAUCAGCAGCAGCAUUAGGAACGACAGCUUUAUUAUAUAUCAUGACAAACGUUGCUUACCUUACUGUUCUUGGAACUGUAACCAUGAAAGAAUCCGAAUUUAUUGUUGCUGCAUCUUUUUUCACGAAAUCGUUGGGUGAAAAUUUCGCUACAAAGGUCCUUCCAAUACUUAUUGCACUUGGAGCACUCGGAUGUGGUGCAUCAGUUAAUUUCUCAGCAGGGAGAAUAAUAAUGGAAACGGGUCGCUCUGGUCUUUUACCCUUUGGACGUACCUGGGGCCAUGUUAAUCCUAAUGUCAAAAGUCCGGUCAAUGCAUAUCUGCUGCAGUAUUUUUUGACAGUUCUUUUCACCGUCGCAUUACCACCAGGUGCUGUUUAUCAGUUUGUUAUCGCUUUCCAAGCUUAUCCUGUAUAUGUAUUUUAUACGCUAAUCGCAUUGGGACUUAUUAUCCUCCGAAAGCGUGAGCCGCAUAAUAAGCGGCCGAUCAAGGCACCGCUAGUGCUUGUUUGGACAUUUAUGGCAUUCACGAUUUAUGCUAUUAUUUUCGUGUUUAUUCCAGUAGAAAAUCCACAUUAUCCAUACUGGGUACCAUACGUCACGGCUAUUGCAUCGAUGAUUGUAUAUGGAAUACUUUGGUAUUAUCAGAUUGUGAUCCGAGACACACCGAGUAAAUCGUAUAACGAGGAUAUUCGGCAACAAGGCCAAGUGGCACUAGAAAGAGAGGUGUUUGGAGAAUACACACGUCUCUCCACAGACAGCAACCAGGCAUAAUAUUGUCACGAGAAGAAAAAAUGAUUUGAAUUGUAUAUUGAGCAAUAUCAGAACAGUUAUCACAAGCUAAAUAAUGGCGGGAUAGAUGCUUUGGUGAGGAAAAUGGGU